AUGUCGACCGCCCCGGACCCCAAGAUUCAAGACCUGCUCAACAAGCCGAAGAGCGAGCUCACGGAAUAUGAGGUCGCUCUUGUUGAGGAGCAUGAGCUCACCGCUGGCCCACUGUCCCUCCUGCAGACCGCCACCCGCACACACACCCAGGUCCUGAUCUCCUGCCGGAACAACCGCAAGCUGCUGGCCCGUGUCAAGGCUUUUGACCGACACUGCAACAUGGUGCUGGAGAAUGUCAAGGAAAUGUGGACCGAGAAGCCCAAGGGGAGCAAGGGGAAGGGUGUGAACAAGGAUCGCUUCGUGAGCAAAAUGUUCCUGCGCGGCGACUCUGUCAUCCUUGUCCUGCUCAGCUGA